CUCUUUCUCUCUUUCUUGUUGUAUUUAGUAUGCCCAGGAUUUGCAUGUUUAUAUAAAUCUAUAAAAGCCUCAGCAAAACCAUGCCUUUAAAUCAAAUAGCAUAAAAGAAGCAAAAAGAAAAGGGUAGGUGCACAGAGAGAGAGAGCGUAGGGUAAAGCAAAAGGAUGGUCUUUCUCAUACACAGAUCCCUAUAGAAAUGCACCAAACCAAAGCCAACCAUUUUCUUGAUUUAAAACCCCCCCUGCUUUCUUCUUUGUCUUUCAAGUUUCAACACGGAGAGCGGGUGUUGUAGUUUCAGAAACUGGGUCUUGAUUUUUUUUUUUUUCCUUUUUAUAUGAUGGUGUUAGACAGUUUCUCUCUGCUGCUUGCAAGCAAACAAAAAUUAUCCAGUUUCAAAGGGGGGGAGAGGAGAAGUAAGGAUUUGUUGGAAUCAUUAGUGUUCUUUUUUCUUUCUAAUCAUUGAAACUUGCUCGAAAAUUUAGAGCGUUGUGUGGAGAACGAGGGGGUGAUUGAACUGAACUGAAGAAGGUAGAGAGGGAAUCUUCCAUGAAUAAUGUUAAUGGCAACAGCUGUAACUGGCUAGGUUUCUCUGUCUCCCCUAACGUUAACAUGGAACUUUCUUCUUCCUCUGCCACUGCUGUUUCCCCUUCAAUUCCUGCAAAUCUUUUCCACUCCCCAUCUCAGUUUAACUACGGCAUUUGCUAUGGUGUUGAUGGAGAAAAUGGUGGCUUUUACUCUCCAUUGUCUGUCAUGCCGCUCAAGUCUGAUGGCUCAAUUUGUUCAAUGGAAGCUCUCACCAGGCAGCAUCCACAAGAAGUGGUGAGUAGCUCUACUCCAAAACUUGAGGAUUUCUUUGGUGGUGCAACUAUGGGGUCCCAUCACUAUGAAAGCAAUGACAGGGAAGUUAUGGCUCUCAGCUUAGACAGCAUAUUUUGCCAUCAAAACCCAACUCAUCAUGAGCCCCAAACCCAAGCCUUUCCACAUUUCUCAUCCUUAAGGAGCCGUGAAAUGAUGGUUCAAGACUCGAAGGUAAUCAUGCCAGAUGGGUGCAAUCUGCAGCAGCAGCAGCACCCAACAGUGGCAGAGAGUGAGAUUUCUGGUAUGAAGAAUUGGGCUGCUCCAAGAAACUAUGGGACUAAUAAUAGUUCGUUCGAGCAGAAGAUGGUGAGCUGCAUGAGUGAAAAUGGAGGUGAACCUGGCUCCAUUAAUGCUAUGGCUUAUGGGGACUUACAGUCAUUGAGCUUGUCUAUGACUAUGAGCCCCAGCUCUCAGUCAAGCUGUGUCACAGCCACGCAGCACGUCUCCCCUGCCAUGGCUGACUGCUCUGCCAUGGAUACAAAGAAAAGAGGCCAUGAGAAGAUGGAUCAGAAGCAAAUUGUUCACAGGAAGUCUUUGGAUACCUUUGGGCAGAGAACCUCACAGUAUAGAGGAGUUACGAGGCUAUGAUAUGGAAGAAAAAGCCGCUAGAGCUUAUGAUCUUGCUGCACUCAAGUAUUGGGGACCCUCCACCCACAUUAACUUUCCUUUGGAGAACUAUCAGAAAGAAUUAGAGGAAAUGAAAAACAUGAGCAGGCAGGAAUAUGUUGCUCAUCUGAGAAGGAGAAGCAGCGGAUUCUCGAGGGGGGCCUCAAUCUACCGUGGUGUAACAAGACACCAUCAACAUGGAAGAUGGCAGGCUCGGAUUGGCCGAGUUGCUGGUAACAAAGAUCUGUAUCUUGGGACAUUCAGUACUCAAGAGGAAGCAGCUGAGGCCUAUGACAUAGCGGCCAUAAAAUUUCGAGGAAUGAAUGCUGUUACGAACUUCGACAUUACGAGGUAUGACGUGGAGAGGAUUAUCGCAAGCAAUACCCUCCUCAGUGGCGAUCUUGCUAAGAGAAAGCAGCACACAGAGUUUGAUAAUGAAUCUCUUAGACAAAGCCCUGCUACUCCCAACAGCAACUCAGAGGCUAUGCCUUUGCCAACCUCACAGAGUAUUCAUACUCAAAGUGAAUCAGACUGGAAGAUGGCUCUUUAUCAGUCCUCUCAGCAGCUCGUUCCAAAACCUCGGUUGUCAUCUGGGAUAACCAAUGAUGGGUCACGAAUAGGCCUUGAAGACUCGGCCAAAUUGGGAGCUCACUUCUCUAAUGCAUCUUCAAUGGUGACCAGCUGCAGCUUGAGCAGCUCAAGGGAGGAGAGUCCAGACAAGACAAGCCUUUCGAUGGUGUUCGGAAUUCCACAAUCGACAUCGAAGCCAUUCGCUGCUGCCCCAGCUAGUAAUAUGAACUCCUCCUGGAUUGCAUCUGCCCAGCAGUUGAGAGCAGCAAAUUGUAUGAGCCAGUUGCCAGUUUUUGCUGGCUGGAACAAUACUUAGGAUAAAAGUCCAUUUGCUCCUAUUAUAGCUUCUUCCAUGUUAAAAAGAACUUCAACACUCCCAAAAUCAGCCUUAUCAGGUGAAAGUUUUUGUUGGAAAAAUUCUAAGAGAUGAGGAAUAUUUUAAACAGUAGACAAUUGAAGUUCAAAUGGGAAUCUCUCUCUCCAUCUCUGUUUUA